AUGAGUUUCGUACUUCUUCCAGCACUAAUUCCGGAUAUCCCAAAGGUGUACGAUGCCUACUUUGCCGCCUUCAAGGGUGAUCCGAUGGGGGAGAUCAUGUUGAACAUUCUCUUCCCCGGGGGUAUCACGGAAGAGUUUCGCAAGGCACACACCGCUGGUACACUCAGCUACUGGCAUACGAGCGGUGUUCAAUACACGGUAAAGUGUGUCGACACCGACUCUGGUGAGAUUGUUGGAAUGGCCCUUGCGGAUGUCUACCUCCACGAGCGUUCUGAAGGUGAACGCCAGAAACCCGUCGUCGGCUGGCUGCAAGGUGAAGAGAAGGAGCGCGCCGAGAAGGUCUUAUACCCUUUGUGGGAGGUCAGAGAAAAGCUCUGGGGAGCUAGACGACAUAUUUACUGCCAUGUCAUAGCAAUUGAUCCGAGGCACCAGGGGCGCAAGGCUGGGGCUGCUAUCUUGCGAUGGGCCCGGGACAUGUGUGAUCAACUCCGCCUGCCACUGUAUUUUGAGGCAUCGCCGUCAACCUACAAGAUGUACGAGAAAAUGGGAUUUGAAACGAUCGACGAGACCGUGAUGCAUAAAGCGGAGCUGCUGGGUACGAAGGAAGACAUCCGGGUACCCUUGAUGGUUCGCAUGCCGGCUUGUGCUGGAGGGCAGACAUUCAUGGAAUGGCGAGCUAACGGAUACCCAGCGUGGCCUGAAAAAGAGAGCCGGGGGGUGGAGGUUCCGAAUGGCCAAUCUGCGCAGUGA